AUGAGAAUUAGAAAAAAUAAUCAUCUUAUAAAACACAUUAAUUCUACUUUAAUCGACCUUCCUUCCCCAUCAAAUAUAAAUUAUUUAUGGAAUUUUGGAUCCUUAUUAGGAUUAUGUUUUGCAAUUCAAUUAGUUACUGGUAUUUUUUUAGCUAUGCACUAUUGUGGAGAUAUAAUUUUAGCUUUUAAAUCAAUAGUUCAUAUAUGUAGAGACGUAAAUUACGGAUUUCUACUAAAAUCAAUUCACGCUAAUGGAGCUUCUUUGUUUUUUAUCUGUGUUUAUAUUCAUAUAGGUAAAAGUUUAUAUUAUGGGGGUUAUCAAAAAAAACCUAUUUGAUUCUCGGGUAUAAUUAUAUUUAUAGUAAUGAUGAUUACUGCUUUUAUAGGUUAUGUUUUACCUUGGGGACAAAUGUCUUUUUGAGGAGCUACUGUUAUCACAAAUUUCUUAUCUGCAAUUCCAUAUAUAGGGGAUGAUAUAGUUCAAUGAAUUUGAGGUGGAUUUAGUGUAAAUAAUGCUACCUUAGGUAGAUUUUUUAGCCUGCAUUAUUUAUUUCCGUUUGUAUUAGCAUCAUUAAUUUUAAUUCAUAUAGUGUUAAUACAUAGUGUCGGAUCAAGCAAUCCUUUAGGAAUUAAUAGCAACUUUGAUAAAGUCCCAUUUCAUUGAUAUUUUGCAAUAAAAGAUAUAUAUGGAUUCUUUAUAUUAAUAUUUAUUUUAUUAUUUAUAGUAUUUUUUUAUACUAAUACCUUAGGAGACCCAGAAAAUUUUAUUAAUGCUAAUUCAUUAGUUACCCCCGUUCAUAUAAUGCCAGAAUGAUAUUUUUUAUUUGCUUACGCCAUAUUAAGAUCUAUUCCUAAUAAAUUAGGAGGAGUUUUAGCUUUAAUUUUAAGUAUAGUAAUAUUAUUUAUUAUUCCAUUUUUACAUACUAAUAAAUUUUUUUCUUUAACCUUUAGACCAAUAGGGAAAUUAUUAUAUUGAGUGUUUAUAGCAAAUUUUAUUUUAUUAACUUGGUUAGGUUCUAAACCUAUAGAAAACCCUUAUAUAUUAAUUAGUAUAAUUUCUAGCUUAUUUUAUUUUUUUUACUUUUUAUUUAUUAUUCCAAUUAUAGGAAAAUUAGAAAAUUAUUUAUUUUUUCAAAAAGUAAGUGUAUAA